AAUAAUAGACAAAUAUUCUGUCAAAUUAUGAAUUAAAAUGUCAGCUUUAAUCCUCUUGUUGUGUGUUCUCUUCUAUAAUGUUUAUUCAUUUUAUUUUUUGCAGAAGAUAUUUUGGGCCGCUACAGAAUUGUAAAAAAGCUCGGCCAGGGAGGAUACGGGACAGUUCUUGAAGCAGUUCGUCUGACGGAUGGUCUUGAGGUAUAUUUUACUCACUACAUCUAGCAAAAUAUUUCUCUCAGUGUCUGUUCAAGUCUGGUUAUUGUGUCACAUGACAUUGAAAAAGUUGAAUGACUGUGAUGAUUUGAGCUCAGAGCAAGAAUUACUAAUGUUUUUUUUUGUUGUUGAUCAGGUGGCAAUGAAGGUGGUUGUGAAGAGCAGUGACAUGGAUUACCUCAGCAUUCCUGGUCAUCCUACACCCCUUCCGUUAGAGGUUGCUCUAACCAUUCUUGCCAACAAUGGUCCGACCGUUCCUCAGAUAAUCCGGAUGCUGGAGUGGCAGGAGAGGUCUGACUCCUACAUAAUGAUCUUGGAGCGUCCCUCACCCUGCGAAGACCUGUUUGAUUUCCUGGAGCGGCACAGAGGAACCCUCAGUGAGAACAUGACACGGCACAUCAUGUGGCAGGUAGUGCAGGCUGCCCACAUGUGCUGUCAGCGAGGGGUCCUCCAUCGGGACAUUAAAUUAGAAAACCUCCUGAUAAACAAGGAAACUCUGGAAGUGAAGCUCAUCGACUUUGGCUGCGGUGACCUUCUGAAGACCUCAGCAUAUACAACAUUCUGUGGUAUGUAUUGUCCUUCAAGUCUGCAGUUUGAGAUUUUAAUUCUUCAACUCCAUAUUUUGAACAGCAUCAGCUUUCUUACUGUCACUAAUGAAGAAAAUCUUCUUUUUUUUUUAGGGACAGAAGAUUACUGUCCACCUGAAUUUAGAUCCAGUGGCAGGUACCAUGGAAAGGCGGCAACCGUUUGGUCACUGGGGGUUCUCCUGUAUGAGCUGCUGUGUGGAGAACCUCCAAAACACAGUGACCUGGACUUGACAGACGAAAGAACUUGGAUCAAAUCUGGAUUGUCAACAGGUGAGCUGGCCAUUUAUUACAGCAGAGAAAGCCAACUGUAAAUCUAAAUGACACAGAGGAAUAAUUCAGUGAUGUUCAUCAGUUUUGGGC